GAGACUGGAUGUCAAACAAAAACAUGAUUUAGAUCGUGACGAAAAACACUAUGAUAAAAACAGAAAAGAAAAACAUGACGAUGAGCACAAAAACAAAAAGAGACACUCAGACGACACUGGGGAUGAAAAGCACCUGGAGGGAAAUGAGAAACAUGCACAAGAAGUCAGAAAAGAGAAGCAUGUAGAAGAGGCCAAAAAACCAAGAGUUGCAGAGGAUCCCAAGAUGGACAUAGAUAACAAGAAACAGAAGCAUGACCUUCAGAAUGAGAGACACAAGCCAGAACCAAGGAAAGAAAGACCAUUGGAGGAACCAAAAAAGAUGAAACAGGUGGAAGAGCUAAAAAAGGAGAAACAUCUUGAAGAGGCCAGGAAGCACAGCUAUGCAGAUGGCACGAAGAAGGACAAACACAGAGAAGAGAGCAGGCACAAGAGGUCGAUAAACACACCACGACCACCAAGCGAGCCCCAAAGAGAGAAACACGCAGAUACUCACAAACCACUAUUUGAAAGGUGAGAGGGGUUGUAGCCCAAAACUGAUUCACUCAAUAAAAGCUUCAGAUUGAGCUUUAGAUUGAAUUCUUCAUUUCAGGAGAGGAGUUUUGGACAGCACUGUUCUCUAUCCUAACCGAUUGCCCUCCCCUCCUCGACCUGCUCGGGCUCCCCUCCCCAUUAAACGCCCCUCUGUGGACGUGAAAAAAGACAGGUCGGGACACUUGCACUGCGUGAGCUUAAGAGCAUGGUUGACUGAAAUGUUCCUGCUGAUAGUGCAUGACACAACGGUUUCUGAGUUACUCAUAUGCACUGACAUUUGUUCCCCACAGUGUUUGUACUGGACACAUGGCCUAACUGGAUACUCGCUGUGUGCAUGGUGCAUGCUGUGAUGGGUCGUUCAGGUGUGUCUUUAUUUAGAGGAUUUUGUAUUUGCUUGAAAGCAUGCUGCAUCCUCUGGGAUUCUUGAAGUGAUCUUGACUCUGAUCUAUCCUGUUGUGAAAUUUGUUCAGGAGGGACAGUAAAGACUCUUCCUCUGGACAUCCUCGUCCUCACACUCCUCGGUCCACCUCUCCCCUGGCGAGGCGACCAUCACUGGAAGUAAAGAAAGAGAGGUCAGGCAUGUUUUGGUUACAUGCACGGGUAGUUUGUGAAUGAUGAUUGAGUUUUGACUCAAACAAAUGUUGAUUUUCACAUCAGGAAAGUUCCACUGGACCCCAACGCCCCAAUUGCACCCCUUCCUCUUCACCUUCAUCCUCCACCACCAAGAAAAGAGCCUCCUGACCCCAAUGCUCCACUUCCUCCACUCCCUCUUCAUCUUCACCCCCCUCCUCCAUCAAAGCGGCCAUCACUGGAUGGGAAAAAGGAGAGGUCUGGAUCAGAGGAGUUUCUCAUUACAAACUACAUUUAGUCACGGUUUUGGAGGGAUAUUUUGGAAAAGGUCUGAAAUCACAUUUGGACAUUUCUUCUCUGCUUUGAAUCCUUGUGUUGUUUUCCACAACAGGAAGGAAUCAUCAGACUCUAAACCUCCUUCACAGAAGAAGACGUCAGAUAACGUGAAGAAAGACAGGAAAGACUCAUCGGAUAGCAAAGUGUCUAAAAAACACUCAGUGGAAGCCAAGAAAGACAGGAAAGAUUCAUCUGACUCUAAGCUGCCACCUCCCAAAAAGCCCAGUUUGGAUGGCAAAAAAGAAAAACACAGGAAGGACUCCUGUGACUCAAAGACUGGUCAACCUGUGAAACGUCAUUCAACUGACUCCAAACCUGACAGGCGGGAAUCCAGAGAUUCAAAGAAAAGCAGCUCACCACCAGCAAAGAAGCUAGCAGGUGAAAGGAGAGAGUCUCAUGGCUCCAAGACCUCUCAACCUGCACCUCCACAGAGGAAGCCCUCAACUGACAGCAAUGAAAGAAAGGGCAAAACUGAUGCCGCAAAAACUCCCACCACCCCGACCAGCCCCAUGUCUCCUGGCUUGAGCUCUGCUGGGGGUCAGCUGCCGCCUCACUUGGCGACCGGAAGCUCCAUCAGAGACAAAUGCAUUGAGAUGAUGGCAGCUGCCCUCCGCACAGACGACGACUACAAAGAUUUUGGAACAAACUGUGACAGCAUGGCGGCAGAGAUUGAAGAUCUUAUCUACCAGGAGAAUAAGGCCACUGAUAUGAAGUAUAAGAACAGGGUGCGUAGUCGCAUCAGCAACUUAAAGGACCCAAAGAACCCUGGGCUUCGUAGAAACGUACUCGCAGGGAGCAUUGACUUAAUCCGCAUUGCCACCAUGUCUGCUGAGGAGAUGGCCAGCGACGAGCUCAAACAGCUGAGGAACGUUCUCACCCAGGAGGCCAUCAGGGAGCACCAGAUGGCCAAAACUGGUGGCACCUCCACCGACCUGCUGCAGUGCGGCAAGUGCAAGAAGAGGAACUGCACCUACAACCAGGUGCAGACACGCAGUGCUGAUGAGCCAAUGACCACAUUUGUCUUGUGUAAUGAGUGCGGUAACCGCUGGAAGUUCUGCUGAUGCCUUCCAAGUGAAACCAAGAUUCUUUUUUGAGCAUUUCUGAAAAUUUUCUAUAAUGGGAAGGAAGGGAGUUUAUAAACGAUUGCAGCUAGUGAUUUUUUUUUAGAAAUAGUUACAUUCUUACACUUUUUACUUGAAUUUUUGAGAUUUUUAAGCAUGUGCUAAUAAUCAGGGUUUGCUUUAUAUGAAACUGAAAACUGAGCAUGAAUGUCAGCUUGAUGACUGAGCCAUUAAAUCAACCUAAUUGGAACAACAUCAGUAAUAAUCAUGGUGCUGUCAUGAUGGAAAAACUAUCAUAAUCCAGUUCAUAUGCUAUGUCAUAUUACAGCUGUUCACUUUGUAUAUAUCAAAUUCCAAUAAACUGCAUACGUUAUCAAUA